UUCAUCAAUCUGAAAAACCCUAGUCCUCUCUUCCUCGCUAAUUCGCUUAUAAAGCAAAUCCCUCGGUAUUUUCAGACGUUUUCACAGCCUCUCUUCCGCUCCGUGUCGAACCUCGCCUUCCACAAUGGCUUCGGAGAAGAAGCUCUCAAAUCCUAUGCGCGAGAUAAAGGUUCAGAAGCUCGUACUCAACAUCUCCGUUGGCGAAAGCGGUGAUCGUCUCACCCGUGCCGCCAAGGUGCUUGAGCAACUUAGCGGUCAGACCCCAGUCUUCUCUAAGGCUAGGUAUACCGUUAGAUCUUUUGGAAUCAGGCGUAAUGAAAAGAUUGCUUGUUAUGUGACUGUGAGAGGAGACAAGGCUAUGCAGUUGCUUGAGAGCGGGCUGAAGGUGAAGGAAUACGAGCUUUUAAGAAGGAACUUCAGUGACACUGGUUGUUUUGGAUUUGGUAUCCAGGAGCACAUUGAUCUGGGCAUCAAGUAUGAUCCAUCAACUGGUAUUUAUGGUAUGGAUUUCUUUGUUGUCCUUGAGCGCCCAGGUUACCGUGUUGGUCGUCGCCGAAGAUGCAAGUCACGGGUUGGAAUUCAGCAUAGGGUGACAAAAGAGGAUGCCAUGAAGUGGUUUCAGGUGAAAUAUGAAGGUGUCAUCCUUAACAAGUCCCAAAAUAUUGGAGCUUAGAAGUGUUUGGUUAAAUUAAUGUUUUGCAAGUAAUGUUUUGGCAGGAUAAAUUUAUGCUUUUUGGAGUUGUAACUUUUGUUGAGAAGAAUUUUGAAUUGGUAGUAUCUGGAAUACUAAUUCUGUUUCACUGUUUUA